CUAUGUGUAUAUGAUAUGUCUCAAUAUCAGACGGGCACGAGUCUUGCGGAUAUUCCAUUGCCACCCCCACUUCACCUCUCUCCCAUUGAAGAACGAAGGUACCUGCCGAUAAUUUUUUCGCGCUCCUCUGUUUGAUCUUUGCCAUAGCGAAAAGGGUGCGGGUCUGUAAUUUUCUUUGCAUUCUUUUCUUGAGUGAAUACGAGGUAGCUGAAGUUCGACCACAAAGCAACCAGCCAUGGAUGUCGAUUCAAAGCCUAUGAUGGAGGAGACAAUAUUAGUCGGUGAUGACUUGAUGAUGGGACCUCCUUCGCCCCUUGUCCCCCCAGAAAUUGCCUCCCAUGUGCUUGAAGGCGUUGAACUGUGUGAUGGCAUUCUGAGAAAUCUGUUUCUAUGCUUGCAAUUAAAUGAUAUCGAGCCAUUUUGCCAAGAUGAGAUUGCUUUAUAUCGAGAAUGUGCAGAAAAAAGGGACAAAGAAUUGAGAGAGAGGCUUCAAGAUAGUGAGCGCAAAUUGGGGAUGUCGAUGCCAUUAGACAUGGCCACAGAAAGAGCUGGUCAGCUUCAAUCAGAAGUCACAUCUUUAGAGAGGCGUCUAAUUCUUGCUAGUGGAGCCGAAGGCAUGGAAGGAUUUCGACAGAGAUGGAGUCUGCACGGUCGCCUUACAGAUACCAAGCGAAGAUUGGAGUCCCUAAAGCAGGGGAUUGAUAAUAGAAAGAAGGACGAGCCAGUUGAAAGAGCACCAUCCAAGAGAUGGUUCUUUUGGUGAAGAUUGACGAUACAUGUUGCACAGAAUCACCACCGGAUGCAGCCCUUGCUCCUGUAGCUUGUAGACUCUCUUCAAGGCCCUUUCCAAUUCUAAGAUAAAUGGGGUGGUAGACAUUUUGGUGAUACGCCAGUGAUAUUGUGAGGCUAUCUAGUGUCUGUUCUUAAUUAUAUCUAUUUAGCAGAUCUGGAAUCAGAUCGUGAACCGUAAUAUAGAAGUUGUAGAUGGUUUGACAUUAGUGGACUUGGAUAAAGAUUCCUCGGCCAACCAAAUUAUGGCCUACCUGUGCACAUCCGAGGCAUGUUCCUCCUGAAGCUUGGACGAGUUGCCCUCGAUCGACCCA